UUUGUUGGCAUGUCAAGCUGUACGAGGGCUGCCUCUGCUUCCAUCUCCUCCUCCUCCUCCUCCUCCUGCUCUCUGUGUAUAUAUGGAGGGGUUUCCUCCGAAUAGUACAGCCCAGACAGAAGGUAGAAGGGAGAGGAUUGCUCUUCACCUGCUUAUCAGACGAGGUUCACCAUUACCCGGAAGUUCUUCCUUGUAAGGAGGUGGGGGUCUUUUUCCCCCCUCGAUGCAGUAAGCAUCCCCCACCUCCUUUUUACUGCUUCCAUGGGGUUUGUUUGAGAGGAGUCCACAGAGAUGGAGAGAUGCUUCCCCGCGGGCGCUAGCCCAAACCUUAUACACUUGGCCAGCAUAGAAACACAACAGACUGCAGAAGGGAUCAAACUCAUCAUCACUCGUCAGCUAGCCCCAAGUAGGUUGCCAUGGGAAUCUUAUGAUAAUCUGAGAGGAAAUAAGUCCUGGUAACAUUGCCGUUACUCAUGAUGUGCCUGAAGUGAAGAGGAAGGGAAACACUUAACAUAUCGAAGUGCCAAGGCUCUGCUGUGUCAUGGCUACGGACUCUGGUGAAUCAGCCAGCACAGAGGAAUCAGAGAAACCUGAUGGAGUCUCUUUGGAAGGUAGGGACUCCUCUGCUGUUGCCCCUUUGACCAUGGAGACCAGGACCAAGGAGGAUGUCAACACACCUGCCUCUGGGGCAACUACAGAGAGGAAAAGGUUUUUCCGAAAGAGUGUGGAGAUAAUGGAGGAUGAAAAGGCCUUGGAACCCACUCCAAAGGAUGAACAGGAGCAGUUUGUGGUGGGUGACCAGAGGGUGGCUCAUCUUUCUUCCAGCGGUCUGGUGGCAGGCCAGGAGGCCAGAUGUGAGCAUGGCUCGAAGGUGAAUUUGGAAGCUUCAAAGGAAAGAACCAAGAAAGAAAUAGAAGAGGAGGCCGAGAUGAAGGCUGUGGCUACAUCGCCUGGAGGAAGGUUUCUGAAAUUUGACAUUGAGCUGGGGAGAGGGGCCUUCAAAACAGUGUUCAAGGGCCUGGAUACAGAAACCUGGGUAGAAGUCGCUUGGUGUGAAUUGCAGGACAGGAAGCUGACCAAAGCUGAGCAGCAGAGGUUUAAAGAAGAAGCUGAGAUGCUCAAGGGAUUGCAACAUCCUAACAUUGUCCGAUUUUAUGAUUCCUGGGAAUCAACUGUUAAAGGAAAGAAGUGCAUUGUAUUGGUAACUGAGCUGAUGACAUCUGGGACACUGAAGACGUACUUAAAGCGUUUCAAAGUCAUGAAGCCAAAGGUGUUAAGGAGCUGGUGCCGACAGAUCUUGAAAGGGCUGCAUUUUCUGCACACAAGGACCCCUCCUAUCAUCCACCGUGAUUUGAAAUGUGACAACAUCUUCAUCACAGGGCCCACUGGUUCAGUGAAGAUUGGCGACCUGGGACUGGCCACCUUAAUGCGCACAUCGUUCGCUAAGAGUGUCAUUGGAACUCCUGAAUUUAUGGCUCCUGAGAUGUAUGAAGAACAUUAUGAUGAGUCUGUUGAUGUCUAUGCUUUUGGAAUGUGUAUGCUGGAGAUGGCGACCUCUGAAUACCCAUAUUCUGAAUGCCAAAACGCAGCUCAAAUCUACCGAAAAGUCACCAGUGGCAUUAAACCUGCCAGUUUUAACAAGGUUAUUGAUCCAGAAGUGAAAGAGAUCAUUGAAGGUUGCAUUCGACAAAACAAAUCUGAAAGGUUAUCCAUCAAAGACCUUUUGAAUCAUGCCUUCUUUGCUGAGGACACUGGACUUAGAGUGGAGCUGGCAGAGGAUGAUGAUGGACUGAAUUCCUCCCUGGCUUUGAGACUUUGGGUAGAGGAUCCCAAGAAGCUGAAAGGCAAGCACAAAGAUAAUGAAGCCCUUGAGUUCAGCUUCAACCUGGAAACAGAUGUCCCAGAGGAGGUGGCUUGUGAAAUGGUGAAGUCAGGAUUCUUCCACGAAAGUGAUUCUAAAGCUGUGGCUAAGUCCAUCCGGGAUCGUGUCUCCCUAAUCAAGAAGACAAGGGAGCGGAGGCAGGUGGGCUACCUGGAGGAGAGAAGAGACUCUCAAAGCAAGCUGCCAAGUGGGCUACCAUUACUCCAGCCACAGGGCUCAUCAUUCAGCACUCCUUCCCAACAGAGCAGGACGGAGUGCGAGGAAACAGAGGUGGACCAACAUGUCCGACAGCAAAUCCUUCAACAAAUGCAGCACAGCUCCUCCAUUGCUGCUGACAGUUUAUCUGAGAGAGGAGCAGGUUCAGUUAUACUUUCGGAUGCCUCCAGCCAACAUAGCCUGGCUUUCUCCUCGGAACAGAUUAUGGGCCCCCAGCAGGCCCCCAAUCUCUCACAAGCUGAAAACAGUGUUCAAGGACACAUCUACGCUUCCCAGCAGCUGGUGGGACAUUACCAGUCGAUGGCAGGGGUGCAACAACAGCCAGCAAAUGUGGCCCACCCCAGCGCUUUACCACUAAUCCAGAGUCAGCCUUCAACCCUACCCACCCACAGCUUGGCCCCCCCUGUGGUUCCUCAAGCCCAGGCGUCUCCUGUUGCACUUCAGCAGUUCACACCGAGGCUGCAGGCUCCAGAUGCACAGGUAUCCUACAGUGCAGAAGGGCAGACAUUGGAUGGAUCCAUCAUGGGAGUCCCCCAGCAGAUCUUGACAGCCACUUCCCCUCAGACUAUCCCUGCUCCACAUAUGGUGAACCAACACCUGCCAGCUAACAUACAGUUGACCUCUGCUGCUAGAAUCAGUAGUCAGGCUCCAGCUGCUGCAGGAUCAAUGGAACUGGAGCAUGCUUCUGCCAGCUUUGUGCCUGCUGGUCAUUCACCUGUGCUACAGGGGCAGCCUUCAGUUCAGUUUGUCAACAAUAUGCCAAGUUUAGCACAGGCUCUUCCUAACCCUUCAGCUCUGGCGUCAGUUCCACAGGGAGUUACAUCCAUUCAACAACCCCAGCAAGUUCCCCAGCAGGUGUCAGUUCAACAGAUGCCCCAGCAAGUACCCCAGCAGGUGGCACCCAUGCAGCAGCCCCAGCAAGUUCCCCAGCAGGUGGGAUCCAUGCAGCAACCCCAGCAAGUUCCCCAACAGGUGGCACCCAUGCAGCAGCCCCAGCAAGUUCCCCAGCAGGUGGGAUCCAUGCAGCAGCCCCAGCAAGUUCCCCAACAGGUGGCACCCAUGCAGCAGACACAACAGGUGGCACCCAUGCAGCAGCCCCAGCAAGUUCCCCAACAGGUGGCACCCAUGCAGCAGACACAACAGGUGGCACCCAUGCAGCAGCCCCAGCAAGUUCCCCAGCAGGUGGCAUCCAUGCAGCAGCCCCAGCAAGUUCCCCAGCAGGUGGCACCCAUGCAGCAGACCCCGCAAGUUCCCCAGCAGGUGGCACCCAUGCAGCAGACACAACAGGUGGCACCCAUGCAGCAGCCCCAGCAAGUUCCCCAGCAGGUGGCACCCAUGCAGCAGAGCCAGCAAGUUCCCCAGCAGGUGGCACCUAUGCAGCAGACCCAACAGGUGGCACCCAUGCAGCAGCCCCAGCAAGUGGUACCCAUGCAGCAGCCCCAGCAAGUUCCCCAGCAGGCGAUGUCCAUGCAGCAGCCCCAGCAUGUUCCUCAGCAAGCAACACCCAUGCAGUCCCAGCACAUUCCUCAGCAGUUGGUGGCUAUGCAACAGCCCCAGCAAGUUCCCCAGCAGGUGGCACCCAUGCAGCAGCCCCAGCAAGUUCCAUCCAUGCAGCAGCCCCAGCAAAUGGCCUCUAUUCAACAGCUUCAACAGGCAGCAGUAAUGCAGCAGUCUCAGCAUAUUCCCCCACAAGUGGGCUCCAUUCAGCAAUCUCCACAAAUUCCCCAGCAGGUUGGUUCCAUUCAGCAGUCCCAGCAGGUUGUGCCAGUACAUCAGGUCUCUGCCAUGCCACAGCCGAUUCAACUUCCACAGUGCCCACAGUAUCCCACGCUGCCCCUCGAUGCUUCGGCGCAGCCUUCCCUGGUGCAGCAAGAGCAGCAAGCUAUUCAGAUGCACCAAUCCACAGAUCAACAUCCUUGUGUAAGGCAACAGAUGUUAUACCACCUGCCUCUACAGCAGCAGAAACAAGAGCAGUUUCUUUUCCAGGGCAGCUCUACGGAGCAGUUGGCAGCUGUCACUCAACAAGUUGUAGAAAAGCCGCAGCAGGCCGAGCUCUCGGGUUCAACUCCAGAGCAGGUGGCUUAUCCCAUCCAGUACCACCUGCAAGCCCCAGAACAGCUAAUAUAUCAAACGCAGCCCCCCCACCAGCUCCCAGCUUCAGAGCAGCUGACACCUCAAGUGCAGCCCACCAACCAGCUCCAGGCACCAGAGCAAGCACCAUGUCAGAUGCGUGUCGCUUACACAAUGCAAGGCUCCGAUCAGCCUCCGUGCACAGAGCAACUGGUCUAUGCAGUCCCUGGAGUGUAUCCAGGACAGCCCUUGGACCAACCGACAUAUCCAAUGCAGCCUUUUUACCAAGGACAGGCAGCUUUCGUAACCCAACCAGCGCCAUAUCUAAUUCCGCCUCCAGAGAUCCAGCAGGCUCACUUAGCAGUACAGGUCACAGAUCAACGGAGUUUUGCCAUGCGCUCUCCUGAGAAAUCGUUAUAUACGGUGCAGGAUAGUGGCGCUGGCUGCAUGGAGCAGCAGGUUUGCCUAGGGCAACCAGUGGAGGCCCAUGCUUAUCCCUCCGAGCAGCUCCAGCCUGAGCCAUCAACAUAUCUGAUCCAGCAGGAUUCCGGCAUGGGGCACCAGCAGCUGCAGCCUCCUCAGGCGGGACACAAGUUUGCAGAAGGCCAACAGCCAGGAUCGCAGGUCCCUUUUGUCCCAUCUCAGCCAUCUUUUAACCCACAAAUGCAGCCACAGGCUCCCUAUCAAGAGUUCAGCCAGCAUGCUAUUCCUCAGCCCCUCAACGCCACAGUCCCACAGUCUGCCCCAAACGCACCACAGACUGUGUCUUCCAUGCCAGAACAGUCAGAGCCAGCUCAUGCAAGGCAACAGCCGCCAGAACUGCCCGGGCACCUGCAUGGUCCUAGCCUCCUCCAGCAACCUCCAGCAUUUCAGCCAGCUGAUAAUAACCAACCAUUUACAGCUUCCUCAGUACAGUCAGCAUAUGUGCAGCAGCAGCAGCAGCUGCCAAUGUGCCAGGGGUCAAUGUUGCCUGCAGAGCCAGUGGUCCAGAAGCAGUUCCCUUCAACGAGUUCUGGAGCAGCAGCAGCAGCCCUGAACCAGCAAGCAUCACUUAGCGCAGGGACACAGCCACACCAAGAACACGUUCAAGGACAAGACAUUUCACAGGCUUCCAUCUUGGUACCAGAACAACAGCCAUCAGUUCAAAAGCAGGAUUUUGUUCAAGGACCGAUUCCUGAUGUAGCCAUUCAGAAGGAAGGUGCCAAUGGAUGUGACCUUCCAAGUGGAAAUGGCAAACAAGACAAAAGCAAGCAACGGAGAGCUUCGUGUGCCCGAACAGAGAAGGGAACCAAAUUUCAGCUCACUGUGCUGCAGGUGUCAACAUCGGGGGACAACACGGUGGAGUGCCAGCUUGAGACUCAUAACAACAAGAUGGUCACAUUUAAAUUUGAUGUUGAUGGCGAUGCUCCGGAAGACAUUGCUGACUACAUGGUUGAAGAUGACUUUGUGUUGGAAAAUGAGAAAGAUAAAUUUGUUGAUGAACUGAAGGCUAUUGUUUGCCAGGCCCAGGACAUCAUCCGCAGUCUUCCGGUUGAAGAGCGAACUACUGGCACAGAGUCUACACCUUCUGAUCUUACCCAAACAGGAUCUUCUGAACAAGUUCAGAUAAACCCAGCAUCUACUCAAACUGGCAGUGAAUCCGCUCCUCAGUCAUCCCCUGUUGGCCGCUGGAGAUUUUGCAUCAAUCAAACAAUAAGGAACAGAGAAACCCAGACACCUUGCACUCUUCUACAAUCAACUACAGCUGCCCCGGGGUGUCAGAUAACAGACCAUAUAAAGGAGAGUACCAAAGAAGAUCACCCCCAGGAUUGUCCACAGGCUGUGGAAGAUCUCAGCAGCCAGCACAGAACGAUCCCCUCUUCCAGCUCAAAUGAGCUAAGUGACAGUAUGGUAUCUGAACCCCAAACAUCGGAAACUGAGCAGUCAGCAAUUCCUCACCAAGUGGAAGGCAGCAUGAAUAAGCUGCUGUCUGCCACUGCUGGUGACAAUUAUGAUGUUACUGCUUCCGAUUCUUCUGCUUGGCCAGAGUCUUUAGAGGCAGAGACCCAGGCUGACGAAACUCACUUAUCUUCAUAUACACCCCACCCAACACCUGGCAUUGCGGAGCAAAGUAUGCCCACUGAGGCCUUUGUGGCCAGACCAACCACCUGCCACAUCCCAUCCACUGAGGAAGCGGAUAACACGAUGAGCACAGAACAGGCCAGUGCUUUGGCUCAGACCCCUGGACAAGAAGGCGCCCCCUUCGCAUCCACUCUGGAGUCAGACAGUGAGGGGCCCCCUAAGAUGGACUUUGUCGACAACAACAUCAAAACUCUGGAUGAGAAGCUGCGGACGCUUCUGUAUCAGGAACACAGCUUGUCGGGCACUUCCCCUGAGAGCCAGAAAGACACACAAAGUGCCGUGGAGUCUCCAUUCUCCUCGUCUGCUGAAGAAACUCUUCCUGGCCCAGUUCUUGAUGCACCAGACUCCUCCCAAGAGACCCAGCAAAGCCCCACCAAGCUUUCAGACCCCCAGGCAAUGCUGAUCCCAUCUGCAAGUCAUCCAGACAGUUUGCCAGUGCUGAGGAGGGAGCCCAGUGCUAUCACCUCUGCUCCCAGUGAUCUCUGUACGCAUGAGAUGUCCCCGGAGACUUCAUUUCCUGAGAACCCUGUGGCCUGUCCUGCUUCAGCAUCAAGUGGUGGAGCUGUGCACCUGCAUGCAGGAGGUGGAUAUUUUGGCCUAAGCUUUACUUGCCCUAGUCUCAAAAACCCUAUUAGCAAGAAAUCCUGGACUCGCAAAUUAAAAAGCUGGGCAUACAGGCUACGGCAGACCAGCUUUUUCAAGAAAUCAAAAGUCCGGCAAGAGGAGAUGACUGGCGAUGUUGCUCCUGAUUGGAUUUCUCUCUCUGAACAUGCAACAGUGCAGAAUAAAGCACCCGGUCAAUCUGUGGCUGGAUCAUUCCAGCGAGGCCGAUUUCAGGUCAUCACAGUGCCACAGGCUUCAGGUGGUUCAGAAAGUGAACCCUGUGAGAUGCCUCCUUCCUCAGAACCUGGUCCAGAAGAAGAGGCUCCCAGAAAAGGAGAAAUUGCUAUCUUGGCUGGUGCCAUGGGUGAAACAGAUGCAUCCCCUACCACCCCUGAGCAGCGGGACCUGGAGGAGAAGUCUGCUAUCGCUAGCAGGAUGCAGUCCUUCUCAGAGCCAUGGCCCAAAGGCAGUUUCGUGUGGAAGCAGCCUAGCUCUGACAGUGAACUUUCUGCCCCCAUGGGUGGUAGCCUGGAGGGCUGGGAGCGAAGCCAGCAGUCACAAGAGGAGAGGGAUGGCACCCACGUAAAGAGGCGCAGUUCACUCUUUUACUCCCCCUCUUCCCCAAUGAGCAGCGAUGAUGAGUCUGAGAUUGAAGAUGAGGACCUGAAGGUGGAGCUGCAGCGUUUGCGGGAGAAACACAUUCAGGAGGUAGUGAACCUUCAGGCUCAACAGAACAGGGAGCUGCAGGAGUUGUAUGAGCGGCUGCGUUCCAUCAAAGAUAGCAGGUCAGAAUCCUCUGACAUCUCCCUGCAACUGUCGUCUCCACGCCGGCCCAAGUCUUUCAAAAGCAAGCUGCGUAGCAGGCCACAGUCUCUGUCGCAUGUUGACAAUGGCAUCGUUGCUCCCGAAUGCUGUUGUGCUACCACUGCUGCCUCUGUGAUAGACUAUCAGUUGAGCAUUCAGGCCCAUUUGCUGCACCAGAGCUGUUCACAAGCAGAGACUAGCCAAGACCAGCUCUGCAUCGUCAGCAGCACUGCUUCUUGUCAGCAGACGACGUCCAGUAAGAAAGGGAUGUUCACAGAUGACUUGCACAAACUGGUGGACGACUGGACAAAAGAAAAGGUGGGGAACUCCCUUAUCAAGCCAAGUCUCAACCAGAUCAAACAGAACAAGCAUCGGCUGGACUCCGACAGCUGGAGCAAAGUAUAUGAGACGACAACAUCUACAGUGGGCUACACGUCCACAUGGAUUUCCUCGCUUUCCCAGAUCCGAGGGACCGUACCAGCUGCUUUGCCCCAAGGACUUCCCCUGUCCCCCUUUACCGGCACACUAUCGCCAUAUGGAGUACCCCACGUAUGCCAGUAUAACACCAUGACAGGGACAACUUACCCAGUGCAAUGGGUGGGCAUUUCAGGGACAGCCCAGCAGUCUGUUGUUGUCCCUGCCCAGCCUGUGGGACCAUUUCAGCCAGGGAUAAGCAUGCCAGCCUUUCCAGCAUCACCUGUGCAAAACCCAGCUCCCAUCCCCCCAAGUCCCAAAUGAAGGCGGACAGCUAAAAGGAUGAUAGAUAUGGGGACUGUGCCUAUAACUCAUGAUUCCAUUCCUCUGCCUUGCAUUCUGCGGCCUGGAUUUUGGGGUGAAUUCCCCAGAGCAGCAAUGUGGUGGGAGAUUGCCUGUGCAUUCUCUUAUUUGAAUACUUGAUAUAAUAUUCUUUGGGGGGAUUUUUUUUAUAUCAUACUUGAGAGAGCUUUGGCCUGUGCAUCUCAUUGUUCCUGAGAUGGACAGCAUGCCCAUGUGCUGCUUAUUAAUGACCCUUCCCUGUCAUUCUGGCCCCAGGUCCCUUGAGUUUUUGAGGCUGAUAGCAACCCUUUUUAAAUUGUUCACAUACUGGCAUUUGAGUUAAUUUAUUGAAGGAGUGGGAGCAGCAGGGAAAGUGACACUUUGGAUCCUCUUUUAAUUUUACAUUUCUGUCUGGUUUCAUUGGCAGCUUUCAUUGACGGGGGGGGGGAUUUUAUUUGCAGAAAGAUUUGCUGUCACUGAAUCCUGUCUUAAAUUCUCCCCUCUCCUACCCCAAGUGACAGGCCUUUUACAGUUGGAGGACCACUGAAGGAAGAGACAAAAAUGCCACCUAUUACCUGUUACUGAAAGGCUUGUAGUUGUUCUUGAGCAAUUUAGUACAGCUGUUUAUAUAAUGGCAGCUCAAUCCUCAUACGCACAUGACAUUCAGUGGAUCCUUUGGGGCUGUCGGACUAAACUUAGUAUUGAGUUUGGGGGAUGUAGCUUUUUAAAAAUUUAUUUUGCAGUUAGUUUGUUGUGGUGGAGAGGAAGCUGCAGAAAGGGUGGGAACAGAGUGGGAAACAGCCAAAUGGUAUUUAAAAACAUCUCCCAUCCCACCCCUUUGCCUCUCUUUUAUGAUCCAUACUUCACAGUUUUAAGGACUGAAAGUUAUGCUUGGAACAGGUGCACAGAGUUUUGCAUUGAGUUGACUGCCUUACAGUGGAUUUGAAUGGAUAGAUGCUCCUGCUUUUGAUUAGUGUUGUCUCUUGCAGCAUAAAAUACCUAAGUGGUUGCUGUGCUUUGGUCACCUACUGCCAAGAUUAAGAAGUCCCAUCUUUACGGAGAACUUUUGAAAAUUGAAUAGGUUGUACAUGCAUUUAUGAUGGCAAGAAAGUAGUGCCAGGUUCCACUGUGACAGGCUUUCUGGUUUUCUGACUUAAAGAGAAAAAUGUGCCUGUUCAAAAAUAGCAAGAGAUCUAAAACUAUGCUGAAUAGGUUACAUGCAUGAAAGUCCAUUUCCUGCUGGAGUCUUGUAACUCACAUAACCCCCUUAUUUUAUAAACUAUAUUUCAGCUGCCCUAUAAGGACCAUGCUUGCAAGUUGAUCUCUGCAGGAGACUAAGUCAGUUGGGCCAAGGGCAAUGCAACAUUGCACUAUAGUUUAAACUAUGGUUUAGCCUAUAUUAGUACCUUGCUCUUCCCCCAUCCCUGACAGUGGAGCCAGGAAAUAAGGCGAAGGCUGGUUUAUCAUGAUGUGACAUGUGAAUCCUCACUUAUGGGUUUUUUUCUGCCCA